UCUUGGCAGAUGUUACUGUUUUGUUAUUGAGAAAAUGUCGUCGGCAGGUAGGAGAGGGAAAUAUAAUCUUAGAAGCCCUGGAUAACAAACAAACAUGAAGAAGAAAAAGUUUAAGUUUGACGUGAACUUUAAGUUGAACCAGCUGACGAGUGUACCUUUCGUUAGCGGAGUUCUAUUCGCUAAAAUGAGAUUAUUAGAAGGUGGAAAUUUUACGAGCUUUUCAACCAGGGAGGAAGUUGGGAACCAUUGCGUAAAGUGGGGAAAGAACGUUACUUUUCCAUGCAAAAUGACAGCGAAUGUCUCUACGGGAGUUUUAGAUGCGUGCAACUACCGAGUGUCCAUUCGGAAGGAAACCAAAGGAGGCAAAGGUCACAUCAAGCUUGGCUUUGUGGAUGUGAACUUAGCAGAGUUUGCUGGAUCAGCUUCAACUGUAAAGCGAUAUAUUCUUGAAGGAUAUGAAAACAAGACUGAUUUGCGCCAGGACAACUCAAUUCUUGAGGUUGAAAUCAGUAUGCAGCUCACAUCUGGAGAUUCAAUUUUUAAAGUACCUUAUUCACCAUCACACAAUCAAGCGACAACUGAAACAGCAGAAAACAGAGCACCACCUUCUGAUCAUGACUCAGUCAGUGAUGCACCAGGAGUAGCUGAGGCAAGAAAAUCAGUCUUGAGUGGCAGCCAAGAAAGUAUAUCAGAAAAUCAGGAAACUGCAGGCAGUGAUCCUGAUAAAGUGAACUUCAUUCCUGGGCAUUCACGGAGCUUCAGUGAGCCACCCUGUGGCGGCAGUAGCCAUGUCAGGAGCAUCAGCACGCUGUCACGAAUAUCCGGGUAUUCAACUGGUCAUUCUUUUUCAUCCAGCUUGGAGGGCAGAUCUAGUAGGAGGAAACAAAGUUCAGGGUCUGGGAAAGGUGGGCACUCAGGGUCUGAUGACACAGCAUUUUGUGGUUCUGAGCAAACAUUGUCACCAGCUCCUGAGAGGCAAGGCAAGAGAAUAAGCUGGAAGAAACCUGAUGACCAAAGAUCAAGCCACAGCAGAGUUAAUGCAGAUGAUGUCAUCGAACAAAUUUUUAGUGGGCACAAUUUUUCAGGUGAUGAAAAUCCAUCAGGUGAUGAACUUCAAGGUAACCAGUUGUCAGUGCUUCUCACAAAAGAUGGCACAUUGAGUAUUCCUGGAGGAUACAGUAGACCUAUUCCAGAAGACAAGUACCGGACAUUGUGAAAUAUUACAACUCCACAAGAAUAUUCCACAACUCAGGCAGCCCAAUCUGCUAUCAUUACUACUAUGUGUAUAAGUUACUGUACAUGUUACUCCAUUUGUAGAGAGCUUUCUUUAGAACAUAUUCAUAGAAGUACUGGUACUUUAUUCAUGUACAUAACAGAGAACUCUGUAAAGGAAUUUUAUACAAAUCUGUGUGUGCUACAUACUUCAUAGCGUAAUGUGUAAGAUAAACCACACUCAUUAAUUGCAUUUUAACCCUUUAACUCCCAAGAUUUCAUGACUAAUUCUCCUUACUGUCUGCCACACAAUUUAUAUGAUGCUAGUUUGGAGAAUUUAGAAUUGGAUCAACCAGUAGUCCCCCAAUUGAUAUUUUUCUUUAUUCUCAUUACUUGUCUGCUUGAUAUUGUACUGAUAAUUUAAGGAGAAAUUCUGUCACUAGUGGGACUUAAAGGGUUAAUGAUUUUUUGCACUGCCCCUAUGGCAUGGUAUAGUAAGUCUUCAGUGACCUUCCAUGCAGUGGAUGUGUGUGUUGUGUGUUCCUUACUGCAAAGGUAGUUACACAUAGCAAAACAUCUGCAGAAGGUCUCAUUGUAUCAUUUACAUGUCUUACAGAGUGGGUCGUCAGCUUUUUCUUAUAUUUAUUUUGUUUUUACAGCAGUUUUUUGCUGGUCUUGUUUGAGGGGCUUUUGAAAUUCUCUUCUGUGUAAUCACAGUGCAAUGUUGAUGCCUUCAAUAGUUUGUUGGAACUUUCAAAUUUUUUAUUUCUCAAAUGAAGUACACACAAUGUGCAUUGAAUGAGUGAGGUGUGUUCUGUUGAUAUGCUAUGAAUAAUCCCUUAGUGAUUCAAUCAUGAUGCCAUGGUUUUAAUUUGUAGCUUUUGUCUAAAACAGUGGCUGACAAAAGUACUCACUAAGGAAGAUUGACUCAGACAAAAACAUGAAGAACAGUGAAUUUUCAAGCAGGUUCCUUGAUAACAGUUUGCUACAGUGCCCUGGAGGCACUUGGUUGCUGGUCUUGUUUUUCAUGUUACCUUAGUUUUAAAUUUAAGCAAGGGUUGGAGGGAAAUAUUUUGAAAAGUAGGGUGAAAUGUAGUACGCACGAAGGUCAGCAUAAUUGUAAGUCCCCUUGGUUUAGAUUUAAGGAAAUCUCUCCUUACAAAAUUGUCAUACCAUGGGAGUUUUCCAAUAGUUGAAGUUCUACUUAAGUCUAUUUUGUCCAUGACAAACAGUGACUUAGGUGAUUAAUUAAUGUUACCUUCCAUCACACAAAAUUCUACCCAUGAUCCACUAUAUUUUAAAGGGGGUGGUUUUAGUUUGGAAUUUUUUUUAGUGAAAUCUUUUGAUACUAAAUUAGGUAGAUUUUUUUCAGAUGUUUAUUUGACUAUUUGAAUUGUUCCAAUUUCAUGAGAAAUUUAUUUCUUAGUUAUGGGGGCGAAUGCUUCUUGCAAGUUAACUCAUUCAAAUAAUUUGAUAUGACAGCCAUAAGCUCAAAGAGGGAGCACCAAACACCUAUGGAGAUAAAACAGCAAUUUCAACGUAAGAAAAUAUGAGGAAAUUAAGGCAGUGUUCAAUAGAGUAGCUGAUUGUGGGAUGAGUUAUAAUUUAUUUAUAAUUAGAUUUCCUAUUCAUGAGAAUAUAUCGGUAUUGGCCGUAUGUCCUGUCAAAGAAUUGAUCUUGUCCAUCAUGAGUGGUUUGAAAUUGUAAUUUCAACUGAAGUAUGACACAUGAUGUAGCUGCAAUUUUUUUUAUUAUAAUUAUGUUCCAUUUAGAGGUUGCUUUUUGUUUCUGCGUUGGGAAGGAGAGCUGAAUAUGGAAAUAUGUCUCUCGAUGGUUAUUGGUCUCGUAGGUUGGUUGAAUGUAGAUCAUAUUAGCCAUUUGUUUCUUUUGUUAAGUUUCGUAUGGAGCAUAUCAUUAUUGUUACUAACUUGAUUCUCCAGCGGUCCAGAGAGGGAGUUAGACAAGGCCGUUGACAGAACUCUCUGUCAGGGUGUCCAACUUAAGUGCCUUUGAUUACUUGGGGACAGGCCAGGCUGCUUUAUUUUGUUUUUCGAAGGGAGAAGGGGGGGUCGUGUUCGCAAGACCUUGGACCGUCUAAGAAUUAGUUUAAAUUGUUUCACUUCUGAUGGAAAUUAAUAUUUAGCUUUAUGUAAUGAUACAUAUCGUGUGAUAAUAAUGCGAGUGUGAGAGGAUUAACUGGUCGUCGGGAGUGUGUGAGUAUCGCGCUUAAAAUUCUUAAGACACUUUGACAUCGUGAUUAAUUAUGCUUGCUUCGGAUGUGAGUUGGUAACUUGUUUGAAUAUAAAAAGAAAUUCUUUAUGGUGAAGUUUUUAGCGGGUUCUAAAGGCUGCGCUGAGAACUUUCUUUUGGGUUGUGUGUCACAUUUUGGAGAGCUGAAGGGCCGUCUUGGGUUAUAAUUUUUUUUCUUUUUUCGGUCAUAAGAGUGUUCAAGUAUUUAGAGCUUAUCUGUAGUUUGAAAUGUAAAUAAUGCAUUGAUAAUGACAGGAUUUUACGCAAUUAAAGUUAAAAAAAGGUGUGCUUGAA